AUGAUGAAUCCACAAUAUCCGCCCCCAGGGCAAAAUAAUAAUGCCCCAAGCAAUCCACUGGGCUUCCCACCCUCUCAAGACUUAAAUGGUGUCCAAAACUCUAAUAUCUACGGACAGAUGCCUCCAAAUGGUCCCCAUAAACUUGAUGAUAUGUCCCAAAAAAUGCAGAAUAUUAACCUCAAUGGACCACAAGGCUUUAUUCCACCUUCACAGUUGCCUCCGGGUCAAUUGCCACCAAAUUUUCCUCCCACAUCUAACUUUAAUCCAAUGCCACCUGGUCCAAAACAAUUUCAACCUGGCAGGCCUCCAAUUAGCAGUGCUGCUCAACAAUUCCCUCCUUCAAUGGCUCCAAACCCCCCAUCCUCCACUACAGGACCUCAAUUUAACCAACCACCUACAUCCAUACAAACUUCAAGAUCUAUGCCACCUUCAGGACUCGACAGUCAAUCUUUGCAGCAAAAUCAAGGGAUGCCACCUCAGUUUGGUUCAAGCAACAUGCAUCAACAAAUGCGGCAGGGCCCUGGACAAAAUUUACCACCUAUGUUAAACCAACAAUUUUCCCAAGCAAAUACAUCUUUGCCACAAUCACAACCCCUCUUAAGUCAACCAAACCUGGGUCCACCAAGGUCUGAGCCUCAAGAACCACAACAAGACAUUCAGAAACAGCAACCUGGUUUACCACCACAGACUGGUCAACAACAAGUUAUGCCACCUCAAUCAAGACUUGCACAACAACAAGGGAUACCUCAGCAACCAGGAAUGCCACCACAAACACAGCCAGGUAUACCACCACAACAACCAAGCAUGCAACAACAGAGGAUGCCACCACAACAAGGAAUGCCACCACAACCUGGUGUACCAUUGCAGCAAGGCAUGCCACCACAACAAGGCAUGCCAACGCAACAAGGCAUGCCACCGCAACAGGGCAUGCCACCUCAACAUGGAAUGCAACAGCAACAGGGAAUACCUCCACAAGGAAUGCAAAGAGGAAUGCCAUCUCAGAGCGGAAUGCCACCACAGGGUGGAAUGCCUUUGCAAGGAAUGCCAGGAGUUCCACCAAAAACUCAACCAACUGGUAUGCCUCCUCAACCAAGAAUGCCACCUCAACCAGGUAUGCCACCGCAACCAGGCAUGCCUCCUCAGUCAGGCAUGCCGCCACAACCAGGAAUGCCACCGCUACCAGGCAUGCCACCGCAACCAGGAAUGCCACCGCAACCAGGAAUGCCACCGCAGCCAGGAAUGCCACCGCAACCAGGAAUGCCACCGCAACCAGGAAUGCCACUGCAACAAGGAAUGCCUCCUCAACCAGGGAUGCCACCAAGUUCACAAUAUAACCAAUUCCAAUCAAUGCCAGGCAUGCCCCACAUGCCACCACCAAUAAGUCAACAACAGUAUGCAGCAGCCCCAGCAAAUGCUCAAUAUCCGGGGAUGCCACCGAUGCCUCAACAGCAAGGCUAUCAGCCUGGGUCUGGUUAUCCACCACCAUUUCCUGCUCAACAGCCGAGUUAUGGACAGCAGCCUUACCAACAGCCGCAGCAAAAGCGACUAGACCCUGAUCAAAUGCCAAGUCCAAUACAAGUAAUGUCAGAUGACCAGAACAACCGCAGCGGAGUGUUUGUUACGAAUGACAAGGGUUUGGUCCCACCAUUAGUAACUACAGAUUUUGUAGUAGAUGAUAAGGGAAAUGCUAGUCCAAGAUACAUAAGAAGCUCUAUGUACAGUGUACCGGUUACAGCCGAUCUACUCAAGCAGACAUCUAUGCCUUUCUGCUUAGUUAUUGCCCCAAUGGCAGAAACGAUAGGUUCUGAACAAGAACCGCCUGUGGUUGAUUUUGCUGCUUUAACGGGAUCUCCUAAUAUGGGACCAGUGAGGUGCAGUCGGUGUAAGGCAUACAUUUGCCCAAAUAUGAAGUUUAUAGAUGCGGGGAGGCAUUUUAAGUGUGCCUUCUGUAAGGCUACAACUGAGGUACCCAUGGAAUACACACAGUACAUAAAUACUAUGCAGCAGUAUGGCCGAGUACCAGCUGAAAUGGCUCUUGGUGCUUAUGAGAUUGUCGCUACAAAGGAGUAUUGUAGGAACAACGCAUUACCAAAUCCCCCAGCUGUGGUAUUUGUGAUUGACGUAUCUUACAAUUCUAUGAAGAGUGGCCUAUUGCGGACUAUUUGUGACAAUAUUAUGAAUAUUAUUCAGUCCAUGCCAAAAGAUGAACAGACAGGCAAAUGUAUGACCCGUGUUGGAUUUAUAACGUACAGUUCUACCGUUCACUUCUAUAAUAUUAAGGGUUCUCUAGCGCAACCCCAAAUGCUGUCAGUGGGUGACAUAAGUGACAUGUUUGUUCCACUUCUGGAAGGUUUCCUUGUAGAAGCGGAACAGUCUGGGCCAGUUUUAGAGGCGCUAUUGCAACAACUGCCCACCAUUUUUGCUGAGAAUCAAAACACUGAGAUAAUAAUGUUGCCUGCUGUACAGGCCGGUUUAGAAGCAUUAAAGGCUGCCGACACAUGCGGACAACUGCUUGUGUUCCACACAUCACUACCUACAUAUAACGCUCCUGGAAAGCUUAUUAAUAGAGAGGACAGAAAAUUACUCGGAACAGAAAAGGAGAAACAGAUAUUGAGUCCCCAGACGACUGCGUACAAUGAGCUCGGUCAAUUGUGCUCAGCUGCCGGUGUUUCUGUUGAACUAUUCAUCUGCAACAAUUCAUACGUUGACACUGCAACAAUUGGACAACUACCAAGGUUAACUGGGGGGCAAGUCCACAAAUAUACGUACUUUACUGCUGAAACUGAUGGCGACCGACUGUGCCGUGACGUACGACGUGUAGUGACACGUAACACUGCGCACGACGCUGUGAUGCGCGUGCGCACUUCAACAGGUGUCCGCGCUACCGACUUCUUUGGACACUUCUUCAUGUCGAACACUACUGAUGUCGAGCUAGCUGCCGUUGAUCCAGACAAGGCAAUUGGCGUAGAGAUUAAACACGAUGACAAGUUGACUGGUGAAGAUGGGGUAUACAUACAGACAGCGUUGUUGUAUACACACCGUUCUGGUCAGCGAAGACUUAGAGUCCUGAAUUUGGCUUUAAAUGUAGCACACCAACUCGCGGAUGUGUAUAGGUCUGCUGAGUUGGAUACCAUGAUUAACUUCUUGACUAAGCAAGCUGUUUGGGCUCUACGGGAUACACCCCCUCGCGCAGUAAGGGAGGGACUUACAACUCGGUGCGCACGGUCUCUCGCUGCGUAUAGACGACACUGUGCGUCACCUUCGUCCGCCGGUCAGUUGGUGUUGCCAGAGUCUAUGAAACUGCUGCCCUUGUAUACCAGCUGUUUACUGCGCUCUGAUGCUAUCGCGGGAGGACCAGAUCUAACAUGUGACGACAGGUCUUGCGCAAUGUACCGCGCGUUGACGGCGGACGUAUGUCAGUCCGUGGUUUAUACGUACCCGCGUUUGCUUCCGUUGCACCUGUUGCCGAAUGCGCCGCAACCGUUAAGAGCUUCCGUCGAUAAGAUGAACGACCAAGGAGUCUAUCUACUAGAAAAUGGCGUGCAUAUGCUGAUCUGGGUGGGCUCCCAGGCCUCGCCCGACUUCGUGCGUGACGUAUUCGGCGCACCUUCGCCCCACCAGCUCAACACCCAGGUUUGCGAGCUGCCAGACUUGGAUAAUGAAUUGAGUCGCGCUGUACGAGCCGUGCUGGAAGACGCGAGAGAUAAGAGGAAGACUGCUAUGCGGUUAACGGUGAUGCGUCAACAUGACAAGCUAGAAGCGGUGUUACGUCACUUCCUUGUAGAGGACAGAGGCGUUGACGGGUCGUCUUCCUACGUGGACUAUCUCUGCCACAUACACAAGGAGAUUCGCAACCUUCUAUAG